GGACAGAAACGACAACUCCCCGAAGCCUCAGCGCUCGGUGCUCGAGGGCGGCGUUCGCGGCACAAACGGGGGGACCGAGCCUAGAGCCAAAAGUAGAAAACUAGAAUACACAGUGAUUUUGGACUACAUUUCCAAAAAGGGAGCAGGCUCGGAUUAUCCUCGGUAGCACCGGUCACUCACAGGGUCACCUUUGAAGGCUUGAGAAACCCUGGCCCUGCCGGAACUCUACUUCUCCACUUGGAAAGCUGACGGUCAGGCCCCAUUCUUCCCGGCCAGCCCUUCCUGAAGAACCGAGACACUUGUCCCCGCCCCUUGCGCGCCUGCGCACUCGUGCCGCGAUAGGCUAUCUGGAAGCUUGGAGAUUUGAAGGCUGGGUGGUCGUCAGAGCCGUUCGCGGCGGGGUCGCGCGGAGCCCGGCUUUGCUGUGGCCGCUGCUUUUCGGAAAGAAACGAGUACGGGAAGGGCCGGAUUCUGCGGACCGGACUUGGGGGUGGGUCCUGGGGCCUCGGACUACUGGGCGAUUCCUCCAGAGUGAGGAGACCCGGACCGGGUGGAUAUAAACUCGUGCGGCAGUGACGGGGCCGGGCCGGGUUUGUGGGCGCGGCCUAUUCUGCAAAGCGAGAAUUGCGGUCCUACGCUCCUCGGGGUCCUACGCUCCUCGCUUUUCUCCUCAACCACCUAGGCCCGGCGGUAGAGGGCAGUCGGAGGUGGAGCCCCAGAAUAAAGGUCCCCUGAAAACGCUGGAGCUAGAUUCAGGGCUGACCUCUGAGGUCCGGAGUAUCCGCUGGACAGAAGACAACGCGGUGGGCCGUCCCACGGGCCCUGCCAGUCUCCGGAGAAGGCCUUUGAAGUGAAAGGAAUCGCCUCGGCGCCUCGGCAAGCCAGGUUCUGUGGACACUCUGAAAUGUUUGGCUGAAUUUCUGAAGGAUUCUCACAACAUGAAAUAGACCAGUCUGCUUUGUUAUGCCAAAAACUUCAUUUGUCCUCCUGAUUUGGGUAUGUGAUACAAACCGUUAGAGAACAAGAUAAAGAUCACCUGGGAUAUCAUCAAGUAGAGCUCUAGCUUCUGUGGACUCUGCUUCUCUAGUAAAUGGCCUUUGAGGAAAACUGACCAAUUCUUGGAAUCUAAAAUCAUGGCUCAUCAUUUGGUGAUGUUCAGAGAUGUGGCCGUAGACUUUUCUCAGGAAGAGUGGGAAUGCCUGAACUCAUAUCAGAGGAAUUUGUACAGAGAUGUGAUACUAGAGAACUAUAGCAACUUGGUGUCAGUGGCAGGAUGUUCCAUUUCUAAGCCAGAUGUGAUCACCCUACUAGAGCAAGGGAAAGAACCCUGGAUGGUUGUGAGGGAUGAGAGAAGAAGAAGGAGCCUUGAUUUAGAAUCCAGAUAUGACACUAAAAAGUUAUUUCAAGAAAAGGAUAUUUUUGAAAUGAAUUUAUCUCCGUGGGAGAUAAUGGGAAGAAUUAGAAGUUGUGGCCUUGAAGACUCCUUUAUCAGAAAAGAUUAUAAAUAUAAAAAGUUUGAGGGACGAGAAAAUCCUCAAGAAGGAUAUUUCAGGCAAGUGAAAAAAAUGCCCACCUACAAAAAACUCACAUCUCUUACUCUGUAUCAGAGAAUUCAUAAUAGAGAGAAACCCUAUGAAUGUGGGGACUGUGGGAAGGCCUUUAGAGUGCGCCAACAACUUACUUUCCAUCAGAGAAUUCACACUGGUGAAAAGCCCUAUGAAUGUAAAGAAUGUGGAAAAGCCUUUAGACAGUGUGCCCAUCUUAGUCGACAUCAGAGAAUUCACACUUCUGACAAACUCCUCGAAUGUAAAAAAUGUGGAAAGAUCUUUACAUGUGGUGCAGAUCUUCGAGUACAUCAGAGAACUCAUAUUGGUGAGAAGCCCUAUGAAUGUAAGGAAUGUGGGAAGGCCUUUAGAGUGCGAGGACAACUUAAUCUCCAUCAAAGGAUUCAUACUGGUGAAAAACCCUAUGAAUGUAAGGAAUGUGGGAAGACCUUUAGGCAGUACGCACACCUUACACGACAUCAGAGACUUAAUAUUGCUGAGAAGUGCUAUGAGUGUAAGGACUGCGGGCAGGCUUUUUUGUGUAGUACAGGCCUUCGAGUACAUCACAAACUUCAUACUGGUGAAAAACCCUAUGAAUGUAAGGAAUGUGGAAAGGCCUUUAGGGUGCGGCAACAACUCACUCUCCAUCAGAGAAUUCACACUGGUGAGAAACCCUACGAUUGUAAAGAAUGUGGGAAGACCUUUAGUCGUGGCUAUCAUCUGACUCUCCAUCAGAGAAUUCAUACGGGUGAGAAACCUUAUGAAUGUAAGGAAUGUCAGAAGUUCUUUCGCCGUUACUCAGAACUUAUUUCACAUCAAGGUAUUCAUAUUGGAGAGAAACCCUAUGAUUGUAAGGAAUGUGGGAAGACCUUUAGACUGUUUUCACAACUUACUCAACAUCAGAGUAUUCAUUUUGGUGAGAAACCUUAUAAAUGUAAGGAAUGUGAGAAGACUUUUAGACUGCUGUCACAACUUACUCAGCAUCAGAGUAUUCAUACUGGUGAGAAACCCUAUGACUGUAAGGAGUGUGGAAAGGCCUUUAGACUUCAUUCAUCACUUAUUCAACAUCAGAGAAUUCACUCUGGAGAAAAACCAUACAAAUGUAAGGAAUGUAAAAAGGCAUUUAGACAACAUUCCCAUCUAACUUACCAUCAGCGAAUUCAUAAUGUAACUAAGUAAUUAUAGGAAAGCCUUCUACUGUGAAUUUUGUGUUAAAGGGCAUUAGAAAAUAAAUUCUAGGGGAAGUUAUUGAAUAUAGGAAUCCCUUUUGCUUCAUGCUUAGAACUCAGCUAAAUAAGAGGUUUUAUUUGAAGGAAAGGAUAUAUUAAUUUCACGAAUUUGUAAAAGCCUUUCCUCAGCAUUAAAAACCAUGUUAAACUUCAGGAAAUUUGUUCUAGAAAGAAACUCUUAAAGGAGUAACUAUAGGAGAGCUUUUGAUCUUAUCUAUUGUAUCACAUCUAUUCUUCCCAUCUAUAUAAUAUACCUGUGGAGAUUGCUAGGGCACCUAACUCAUCCCAAAAAUGAUAAUUGAAAGGAAAGUCAUUUAGCCUGCAUUUCCUAUUGAACUGUAUUUUAGGGCAACUAGAAGUUGAUGAGCUAAAAUUCUUUAUUAGAGUUUUGCAACACAUAAUGAAAUAGUGGAUCUAGGCACAAUUCUCAGUAGAGGUUAAGACCAGUAGAUACCCAUCAAUUGAUUUUAAUCUCAUGAAAAGUAGGAUAAAACACUUUGUACCCCCAAUGAGUUACAAUAAAGCAUAUGCAUCUUGCCCUCAAAUAUUGAACCUGAAUCUAAGCAUCAAGAUCUAACUCCCACUUUAGAGAAAAUUCAGGGAACAGAAGAACAUGAUAGAAGAAGAAGCAAUUAAACUAAUCUAAAAUGUGAGUAAUUCUACAAGAUGAAUGACCUAGCUUCUCAAGCAAUAAAAUGGCAUUGAAAAAGGGGAGGUGGAACUCUAAGAUAUUAAAUGAGUCUGAAGAAAUGCAUACCAAUCAAAUGUAAUGAAUUAGAUUCACGAGUUGAACAAACAUGUAAAGACAUUUUUAUAACAAUUGGGGAAAUGGGAGUAUGGACAGCAUUAGAUAAUAUUUAAAAAUUAUGUUUUUGUUAGGUGUGAUAAUAGCAUCGUGGUUAUGUAAAAAUGUUAGAGGUAAGUUUAUACACAAGACGAUGUUAAUGUCUGGAACUUUUAAAAAAUGCUUAUGCAAAAGAAAAAUUAGAAUGGAUAACUUGUUUGUCAGAGUGAUGGUAAGAUGUGUCUUGGGUACAUGGUUUUUGUUUAUUUUGUUUUAUUUUCUCUACUUUCAUGUAUUUCAACUUUCCCAUAAUAUUAUUUUAAAGAUAAAAUUAGCUAUGGUAUUAUAACCCAAUUGAAGUAAAUGAUUUUUUAAAAGUUACUACAUAACAAAAUUUGUGGAUGUUGUCAAAGCUCUGCACAUUGGUAUAUUAAAUAUGCUAUAUCAUCUUUGGGAAAUAAAAACUGAGGGUUCAGAUUUUAUCUAGUUUACCUGUUACUACCUCUGUUACCAUGCCUGUCCCAUAGUACUUCAUAUGUUUAAAGAAUGAGUUUAAAAGCAAUUACUACACCUAAAUGUGGAAAUUAAUGGACUGGACCUUCAGUGUUUAAUAAGAUAGUUACCAGCAAUAUGUUGAGCACUCAUAACUGAGCACUUGAAUUGUGGCUAGUUUGAAUAUUAAAAUGAUGGUAAACUGUAAAAUA